UGCGACCUCUCACUCACCUGUAGAGCUAAGAGUUGUCUACUCUGUACCCUCUCUGGAAGAGAGGAAAAAUACUAUAUUAUUGCAGUCUUACGUAUGAAUGGAGAUGGUCAAAAUUGUGUUUGAGAUCGCCAUUAUUGAGCUUACAAGCAUCUGCAAACGACUGUUCCAAUGGCCGGAACUGGAUCCUCACUCACCAAGAGAAUGUUUUCAGUUCCUGAUCAUGCCAAGCCCCACAUGGCCAUGGCAGUAUUUAUGCUUGUUUACUCAGGAAACCAUGUCUUCAUGAGAGCUGCACUUGAUAUGGGUGCAAGCAAACUUGUAUUCCCUCUUUACAGGAAUAUAAUUGCACUGGUUUUUCUGGUUCCCUUCGCUUAUUUUGUAGAAAGGAAAGAUAGGCCACCAUUGACUGUUUCGUUAAUAAUUCAAUUCUUCCUCCUCGGCCUUGUUGGAAUUACAUUAAAUCAAGGAUUCUACAUCUUUGGCUUGGACAACACCUCGCCCACAUUUGCUUCUGCUCUAGAGAAUGCUGUCCCAGCUGUGACCUUUAUCUUGGCUGCCUUGUUCAGAUUAGAGCAAGUGCAGUUGAACAGCAAAAAUGGUGUAGCUAAGGUGCUUGGAACUCUUACUUCUGUAAUUGGAGCUUCUGUCAUAACACUUUACAAGGGACCAACCAUUUUUGGCCUGAAUCUUCCUUCAAACCAAUCGAAUUUUCUGCUUUUAUUAGGAGAUGCAAAGGGUAAGAAUUGGACCUUGGGUUGCAUCUGUCUCAUUGGACACUGUCUGUGUUGGUCCAGUUGGAUUGUGCUACAAGCAUUCAUCUUGAAGAGAUACCCAGCUCGGUUCUCAGUCUACUCCUUCACUUGCUUCUUUAGUGUUCUGCAGUUUUUGGCUAUUGCAGCCUAUAUUGAAAGAGAUUCACAAGGCUGGCGGGUCGCCUCUGGUGGUGAACUCUUUAGUAUCUUCUACGCGGGGUUGGUUGUUUCGGGGAUUGGAUUUGGAAUACAAAUAUGGGUGAUAGAACGGGGUGGCCCUGUGUUUGUUUCCGGGUAUUUGCCUUUGCAGACAUUCCUUGCAGCUGUAAUGUCAUCUAUUGCUCUAGGUGAAGAAUUCUACUUAGGAGGGAUUAUUGGUGCGGUGCUAAUCAUGGCUGGACUGUUCCUAGUUGUCUGGGGAAGAAGUGAAGAAAGCAUGCUUGCUGCAGAAAAGAUAGCACCUUCAUCAACAUCUGGAAGCAACUGUUUGGUAGGUGCAGGGAAAUCCAGCCUGGUCCGGCCAUUACUGCCCACGUCUGUCGAGUGAUAUGAAGCAUAUAUUCAAAAGUGAGAAAACACACCCUGCAGUGUGUUUUCAAAUUCGUGGCAGGUCCUGUUGGCUCGCAAAUUUUCCACAAACUUCAUCAACUUGCGGCAUUUUCAAGGGAGCUCACAAGGGGGAAACCUUCUAAGGUCCUUCAUGAAGAUAAUUUAUAUGGUAUGCAUGAUGUUCAAUGUGCGGAUUAAGAUGAAUGAACUCAUGAUAGCAUACAAUAAAAUUUACUCUUGCUUCCAUAGUCUCUUGUGGAGUUUUUUUUAUUGAAUCCCUGUAAGGAACUUAAACUGAGUGGAACCAAGAUAAUACAAGCUAUGUGAAAUCUA